UGUGAAUGUACAGCCAAUUCAGUUUUUUUCAUAGAGAAAAGUUGUUAUAGUUAUUAUAUGCCUAUUCUGUUUGUCAAUGGAGGGUUGCCUUUUUAUGAGCAGACUCAUAAAGAGGCAAUUUAAUACCUUUCAGACAAUGGAAAAGUAUCAYUGACAGUCGUCUCAAACUCAAAUCCUCAGGUUCUGGUGUCCUGGAACUUUUAGAUGUGUCCCUUGUCCUACACACUGGAAUUCAGUGGCUAAACUGCAUGCAGUAGAGCUCCGGAGAGCUCUGCURAUGAGCUCUGUUGGAGCCAGGUGUGCUGAAGCAGAGAGACAACUGAAAGUUGUAGAACACCGGCGCUGGAGAGCUGAAGUUUGAGACCACAGCCGUAAGGAGUUCAAAAGACAAACAUCCUUGGGGAAGAAGGCUAUGUUGGACGGCUGAUGGCGGUGUUUCGCAUCUGAGCUGACUUACCAAAAAGAAGAAGAAAGGAUAGAGAAGAAACAGCUAGCAAGGAAACAAAUUGUUUAAUGUUACUCACGAAGUUGAAAGGCGUAAAUGAUCUUUGAGUCUGUCACUCAGACAGCUCAGUGGGACAUCCAAAGUUGCUACUGAGCAAUAUACUGUAUGCAAAGUGGGAGUCUCUACAAGGAAUGAGCGUCACGUAUUGAGGAAAUCGAGCAGAAAAAAAAGUAGCUAUCUGGAGUGCUAACCGCUGUCAUCCUCAUCAAGGAGAGUUCUUUGUUUUGUUUCUCAGAUCCGAGUAAUCAUGGAACGAAGCUAGUUUAUUUAUUUUUUUUUUACUGUUGCCACUUAACAUGUUUGCAGGAGUUGACUAAGCAUGACAGAAAUGUUAAUGUUGAUAUAAACCCGAGUAGUCGAUCAUUCCUGGGACUAAAACUAACAUUAGCCGACCCAGAGCAAGUUUAGCAGCAUAGUUGUGAUUUUUAACGUCGGCCCUGAAAAGGACUGGAGGCACGGAAAUAUGGGCAACUGUCUGAAGUCCCCAACAUCCGACGACAUCUCUCUGCUCCAUGAGUCCCAGUCAGACAGGGCGAGUUUCGGCGACGGGACAGAUCCCGAUCUGGAGCCGCCUCCUCCGUACCAGGAGCAGGCUCACAUGCCCAUGUACCACCCAACACCCAGUCAGGCCCGUCUGGCCACCCAGCUGACGGAGGAGGAGCAGAUCCGCAUAGCUCAGCGCAUCGGCCUCAUCCAGCACCUCCCAAAGGGCGUUUAUGAUGGAGGACCAGACGGUUCAGAGAAGAAGAUCAGAGAGUGUGUGAUCUGUAUGCUGGACUUUGUUUAUGGAGACCCCAUUCGGUUUUUGCCAUGUAUGCACAUCUAUCACAUGGAUUGUAUAGACGACUGGCUGAUGAGAUCCUUCACCUGCCCCUCCUGCAUGGAGCCUGUGGAUGCCGCCCUGCUCUCCACCUACGGACCAACCGACUUCUCCCCCGAUGCUUAGGUCAAACUCGACCCCUUCCUCCCCCGCCGCAGCAAACCCCAAACCUAACAGCUGCCCUCUUGUGGAGUGAGAGGAGUUUAGAGAUGUAUCGUUUACCUUGCACUUUUGGAAAUUUAAAAAAAAAAAAAAAAGAAAUUACUCGCCCAAUGUUGGCCUUUCAUUCUUCCAAGGUCUGAUGCUAAUUUAAGCUGGUCUUAAAACAUCAGUUACGAGUCAGAAACGGUUCCCCUGCAUGGUUGUGCUUCUGUGUGUUUGUUUCGCCCAGGUUGUGUCGUGUGUAGCAGCAGGUUAAAGAACACAUUGGAAUUGUGAUUGUGUGCGUGUGGGUGUGUGGGUGUGUGUGUGUGUGUGUGUGUGUGUGUGUGUGUGUGUGUGUGUGUGUGUGUGUGUGUGUGUGUGUGUGUGUGUGUGAGCUCGGUGGUAAAUGAACAUUUUCACUUGAGCUGGUCUCGCUUCACCAUAACUUUUGUCACUUGAUAAAAAAAAAAAAAUGGAUUCAAAUGAACGUAUAGUUUACCAAAUUACUGACUCUUAAGCUUAACGAUUGGAAUAUGUUUCUGCAACACUGAUCUCUUUAACAUGCUCCAACUUAAAAUGACCCUAUCCUUCCGUGGUGUGCAAAUACUAAGACAUACACUUGUCAAGUCCAGAUUCCAAACAAUACACAUAAAUAUAACAUAAGUCACUCAGUAUAAUAGACUGCAUAUUUGUUACAUGAAUGUUGCACCAGAUGAUGUUCAGGUUGUCUGUCAAGGGCUGAUUUGUGCAUGGACAAGGAGUGGGAGGAGUCAGUCAAACUUUAGAAUCGCUUGCACACACCUUUCAUCUGAUCAGAGAUUUGCACUUUACUUAAAGGACAUUAUCUAAAACAACAUAUUAAUAUAUUUACCUUAUAACCUUGCACUAUCAAAACUUUCUUUUAUCUCCUGAGACGCAGGAGUUAUAUAGCGGAUAAAAGAUAUUUCCCCACUGUCUGUAGUGAGUAAGCCUGAAGAUGCAUUUCAUAAAAUCUAUGAUCCAGCAGUGUGAACGUCUGUUUUGUUUUUUGUAUUUUAAUUUAGAUUUUCCUUUUUUUUCUGUUUAAGAGAAGGGACAGAGGCUUGCUUGAGGUGAAGGGAGUAGUUUGACACUUUCAGAUCAGGGGUUUCCUGAAAGAGUGAUGACACCAUCACUUGUGUGUGCUGCAAGACAAGCGUGUGCUUUUGUAGCAAACAAAUAAAAAUGAAUAUAUUGACUUGUCAAAGUGUAAAAUAAAACAGCACCAUCCAUCUGUCUGCCAGAUGUUUACUAUGAUUUUGAUUUGUUUGUUCUUUUUUUGUUUUUCAUCCGUGUUCUUCUUUGUGUGUUUUUUUUUUUUAAGUUGGAAGGAGUCUUUUCUUGUGCAGUCAGUCUUCUUCUAGAAACUCUAGUUAUUUUAAUUGAGAUGCACUAAUCAGCAUUUUUCUGACCAAUACAGAUUUGCAGGGUUUUCUGUGUUGCCCUGUGUUGAACUUGUGGCCUGUUCAGGGUGAACACCACCUCUUACCUAAUGACCACUAGGGAUAGACAGGAGCUCCCACUUUGCCCUCCAUGUGUAAAAAUGUAUCGACCGUGGAUAGGUGGAUGCUUUUUUUUUUUUUUUUUUUGAUUGUAGAACUUGAUACAGCUAUUUGUUUUGAGCCCAACAGAAAAUUACGGUAUGACAGUGUAAUCCUAAUUUGUGCAAUAAAGCAUAUAUCCCAAUUUUUUUUUCUAAAUUUGGGCAAAAAAAAAAAAAAAGUGCAUCAAAAUACAGGAUAUUAGUUGAUUUGUUAAUUGAAUUGUGAGAGUUCUUAGUUUUGAUGCAUUUAAGAGAAACAAAUGCUUCAGUAAUUGACCUGCCAAUCAAUAAUCAAAGCUGAUCAAGGGAAAAUUGACUGAUGGGUGCAUCUCUACAUCUCGGCAAGCCAAGUUAAACUUUUCACGUGUUUAACAUAAGAAGCUAUAUUCAUUUAUUAAGCAUAAAUGUUUUGUUUUACUCUAAGUCACUGUAGCAGUAGUUACCAUAGUUGUUCAUCUGAUUUGUAGCAUUAUGCAAUUGUUUUUUUUUGUUGUCUUUUUCAGUUUAACUGUGUUUUUAUUUCACAUUUGUGUUAAAUCCACUGCACAUUUAGUACAUUUACUAGCUAGCUUGUACACUGUUUUUAUGUGCAAACCUCUGUCCCAGUAUUGAGACUUCUUUUGUGGUGUAAGAGGUAAAAGUGAGACGUAAUGAUUUCCUCUUGCUUUUCCUUUAUUGUUUUUCAGUUUUAACUUCAUUCUGAGCAUUUCUUGUAAUCGUUUUAUUUCUGUCCCUUUGGAAAGGCUAAGUGCUUGUGUAAACAAUAAAUUGGAGAGAAACUA